CAGGUACAAGGUAGAGGGCAGUGCAGGCACCUUUACGAAGUACUUGAUGUACAGCUACGAAGGUAUGGCUCUGUUCUUCAACGCCUCCUCGAUCCUCAAAAACGCUCUGGAAAACCCUGAUUUGACGGUACCCUACCCGACUUGGGAGGCUUAUGAGAUCAACACUCAAGGGAGACGCACCCUCCACUUCUUCACCUUCUUCGGCGCCAUAGCGGUCUGUUGGCUGGUCACUGCAUCCGUGGACACGAUGGUACUUCAUUUGUCUAAUCAGCUGUGCCACAAGCUGGCCAUCCUUAACAACACCUUGCAGGUCUUCGGCAUCGAGGAUGGUCAAAGGGAGGAUUUGCUGAAGAAGAAGGAGGUACUACCCAUGCAGGAUUACAAGGACGUAACAAUCCUAAGGAAGUCGUUGGAAGAACAUUUCCAUCUCAUGAGAUUGACGAAAUCCUUGUCGCAGUUCCUGAAUGAGGUCUUCAUCUACCAAGGAGUGAAUUCCAUGGCGGUGCUGUUGGUCUGCCUCUACAUCUUCUCCAAUAGCAACGACUUGAUCAACGACACAGUGGCGUUCUCUGGGGCACUGGUGGUGGUGUUCCUUCAAGUGCUCACUUCCUGCUGGUCUGGUGAGCUCAUCAAAAUCAGGUGCGAACAGAUCCACUUCUCACUCUACAAUAACCAGUGGUACAAUGCCGACCCUAAGCUAAGGAGUUCGUUAUUAAUAAUGGCCACUUACACGGCGAAACCUAUUACUCUACGGGGGGCUUAUGUGUUCGAGCUAUCACUCCAGACUUAUGAGACCUUUAUCAGACAGGCUUUCUCCUUCUUCACUGUGAUGUACCAGUUUUUGAAUUAA